AUGCGCUACCGCAUGCUGGGGGGCGCGUGCGACGUCUUCCAGCUGAACGCUAGCUCCGGCGUGGUGAGCAUCCGCGCGGUGCGCGAGCGGGAGGAGGCGGCGGAGUACCAGCUGCUGGUGGAGGCCAGCGACCAGGGCCGCAACCCAGGCCCGCUCAGCGCCACGGCCACCGUGUACAUCGAGGUGGAGGACGAGAAUGAGAACUACCCCAGUUCAGUGAGCAGAUCUACGUGGUCCAGGUGCCCAAGGACGUGGGUCUCAACGCGGCUGUGCUUCGUGUGCAGGCCUCGGACCAGGACCAGGGCCAGAACGCGGCCAUUCACUACAGCCUCCUCAGCGGGAACCUGGCCUGGCAGUUCUACCUGCACUCACUGA